ACCCCUGAAUAAACCUUUUGCAUCCUCCCUUCACUUUUUUUUCUUCUGCUUCCCGUAAUUACAUCACAGAAGACAGUGAUCUAGAAGACUAACUACCAAAACCCUAAAAUUUCAGUUUACACUCAACAAACAAAGAAGUAAUUGGGCAAAGAUGUCGAUAUUAGAAGAAGAGGAAGAAACUAAACCUCAACAAGUUAUUCGCUCUAUUGAUAAGGAGAUGAUGGAUGACUUAGACGCCCUUUAUAAAAGGACAGAUGAGCUGGAUUUGAAGCAUGAGCUCGAUUUGAAGAAUGAGCUCGAGUUGAAGCAAAAAAAGUAUCAACGAGGUGAUGGUGUUAAGUUGGAGGGUUUAAAAGAUAAGAAGCUGAGAGGUCAACUUGCCGUUAGAGAAGAGUUGAUUGGCCAAUCUGCAAAUGUUGCUGCAAAGGCUGAGAAGUGGCUGAAUUCAGUUAACACAGGCUAUUUGGAGGCUGAAGGGAUGGAGAAGACGUGGAAUUAUAAAAAUCAAGAUAUCGUCCGUAGUGUAGAUCUGUUAAGCUCAAAGAAGGCAAUGGAUUUGGUCUUACCAGUACUUGGUCCAUACACAAUGGACUAUACCGCAAAUGGUCGUUAUAUGGCUAUGGCAGGACGAAAGGGUCACCUAGCAAUCAUAGACACACAAACUUUAAAACAGAUCAAAGAGUUUCAGGUCAGGGAAACUGUACGUGAUGUUGCGUUCUUCCACAAUGAGCUAUAUUUUGCUGCAGCACAGAAAAAGUACACAUAUAUUUACAAUAAUCAUGGCAUAGAACUCCACUGUAUUAAGGAACAUGGGGCAGUGCAGAAGCUUCAGUUUCUGAGAAAUCAUUUCCUCUUGGCAACAAUAAACAAAUUUGGACAACUUCGCUACCAAGAUGUCACUACGGGGUUUAUGGUUUCAAACUUUCGAACAGGUCUCGGCCGUUGUGAUGUAAUGCAGGUGAAUCCAUUCAAUGCUGUUGUGGGGUUGGGUCACUCAUGUGGUAAAGUCACUAUGUGGAAGCCCACUAGUGCCGUUCCUCUAGUCAAAAUGCAGUGCCAUAACGGGCGCAUCUCUGCCAUUGCGCACCACCCUGGAGGUAACCUAAUGGCUACAUCAGCGUUGGAUGGUAAAAUUAAGCUUUGGGAUUUGAGAAAAUUCGAAGUUCUAAAGACUUACUUUCGUCAUGCUAAUACCUUGGACUUCAGUCAGAAUGGUUUGCUUGCUAUUGGAAACGGAUCUCGUGUGCAAAUUUGGAAGGAUAAUGGGGACCAAUAUUAUGGUCGUUACAUGACUCAUGAUAUAGCUAAAGGGUAUCAGGUGGGAGAAGCGAAGUUCCAGCCCUAUGAGGAUGUUCUAUGCCUUGGACACACCAUGGGUAUUUCCACUAUUUUAGUUCCUGGAUCUGGAGAAGCUAACUUCGAUACAUUCGUAGCAAAUCCGUUUGAAACUAAAAAACAGAGAAGGGAGAAGGAGAUUAAAGCCCUUCUUGACAAACUACCCCCUGAAACAGUCAUGUUGAACCCCACGAAGAUAGGAACAUUGAAGCCAGCAAGGAAGAAAGAACAACCAUCUCAAAAGGAGCUGGAGGCUGAAAAAGAAGAUGCUGUUGUUGCUGUCAAACUUGCUCCACGAAAGAAGAAAACAAAGGGAAGGAGCAAGCCAAGUAAGAUAGAAAGCAAGAAGCAGGAAAGUAUCAUGAAAGCUAAAAGACCUUACUUGGAUCAGCAAAUGAAGGAGGAAGAAUCUAGAAAGAAACUGAAAGUAACUGAAGUUCAGCUCCCUAAAGCCCUAGCACGAUUUGCCCGUAAAAAGGCAGCUGUGUCCUAAUUAUUCAAGAACUUCUAUUACCAGAAAAAAUUUCCCUCAGAAUUUUGACCCCGUUUGUGGUGUACUUUUAUCAUUUUAACUUGUGAUCAAUUAGUGGAAACCAGAGAUCUCUUUUGGGUUCCCCCCUCCCCCUGUUCCCUUGAAUCUUUGUUAUUUUAUUUAAAUUUUUUUCUUUUCUUUGUAAGCUAAAGUACUACCAAGUUAAAGCAUAGUGGAUUGAAAGACAGUGCCUUAUAUAUCUACUACCACGAUAUUUGUUUGAUUG